UCCCCUAAAUUUCUAAUGACAAGUACUGUAUGUAUGCAUUUUUCUAUCAACAAGUAUGUAUAAAAUUCAUUCGUCCAUAAAGGAAAAUAAUCAUUUCAGACACAGAGCGGCACUCUUGGACACAAGACCACAACCCCCUAGCUCUCCCCCUUUUCCCCCAUCCAUCUGGAUUGUGUCUUUUGGCUAUAGUCCCCUCCCUCUUGCCCUCCCCCUCUUUGCCCCCUCUCCCUCCCUUCCUGCCGGCCUCUGCGUAGAGGAUGUGUCUGGGAGUGUGAGAGGAAGGCCGUCAGUACAAUGGAUAUGUGCCUUCUUUCCUCCACGCCUUCUCUCUCUUUCGGGCUCUGAUCAUCCCCCUUGUUCAGUGGUGUUCUGGCCCUCUGGGUAGGGCACUGUUGGAGGUGGACAGGCGAACCACUGAACUGAACUUAAAUGUCAGACGGAGACAAGAAUGGUGGUGACAAACCUGAAGAUGCGGCAGCGCUCCCAGAGGUGUGGCCAGAGGCGGAGAGGGCAGAGAGCUUGGCCCGGGGCGCGGCCCUGAAGUGGGCAUCGGGUGUGUUCUGUCGCCCUGAGCAUCUUGAGAGGUUAGGACAGUACCGCAAAAGGGAAAGCCAGAGGACCUCGUCCAUCCAGUCAAGACUCAAGUCAGUGGUCCAGUCCUACCUAGAGGGGGUGGGCUGGGGUCUGGAGCAGCUUCGUGAGGCCCGGGCGGAGCUGAAAGAGGUGUCCCAUGCCCUGGGGAAGGCAGGGGUGGAGUCCAGCAGAAACGCAGAGGGGGUCAAGGCUCUGGAGAUGAUGCAAGAGGUCUCUGUCAAUCACUGUCAACUCCUUGCUGCCGUUAGCAACCUGCCACGCCUCUACUCUGUACGGAGCAUGGUAUCGGAGACAGAGAGGCUGGUGGAGUCUCGCCGGCUCCUGGAGGCCCACGCCCGUCUGAUGGAGCUGGAGUGCUGGCAGGAUGACGUCCUGUGGCAGCUCCAUGGAGCGGGGGCCCCUGGGACAGCAGGGACAGCCCUCAGUGCCCAGGACGAGGAGCUGGUCAGGAACUACUUCUCAGGCGUUGGAAAGCUGGUGGAGGCUCUGGGGAAGGAGCUGUGGGCAGUUGUGGGGAGUGGACUGGCUUUAGCCAGGCAGAACCCUACAACGUUUGUGUCUGCUGUGAGGAUUGUGGAGCGAGAGGAGGCGCUGGAUCAGGCCAUGCUGGAGGAGAGAGGAGGUGCAGGGGGGCACAGCAGGCCUCUUCCCCCUGGACGGCCACGCUGCUGGAGGGAGCGCUUCUUCCAAGUGUUAGAAGAGGCGGUGUCUGCGCGUUUCCGUAGCGUCUCUUACCUGCACACCCGCGGGCCUGGCCUUGCAGGCCACCUGUCUGCCCUGCAGCACGGCAUCAUGGGAGACCUGGCCACGGUGCGCCACCUGCUGGACCACUGCGUUCCGCCCCACUAUAACCUGACCAGGGCCUACCUCCGCGCCUGCCACCGCUGUCUACAGUCACACCUGGGCCAGGUCAGCGGAUGGGAGCUGGAGAGUGGGGAGAUCUUUGCUGUUCUUAACUGGGUCCUACACAUCUACAACAGCUCAGAUAUGAUGGGGCAUCCAGACUUAGUGGUGGAGAUGGAGUCGGGACCGCUGAUCUCCAAGGAGGGUCUGGAACAGCUGCAGAACAAAUACGUACACAGUGUGCGGAAAAGUGUGUCUGAGUGGAUGCACAAGGCCCUAGAGGUGGAGCUGACAGACUGGCAGAGAGACCAGGAACCAGACACUGACCACGAGGGCUUUUACCUCACCAGCCUGCCAACCAUCAUCACACAGAUGCUGGAGGAGAAUGCACGGGUGGCUCUGAUGAUUAGUGAAUCACUUCGGGAUCAGACCAUACAGAUGGGGCUCUAUGAGAUGGAGAACCUCCUCAAUAGGUUUCGGGAGGCUCUUGUGGAAUUUGGGAAGGAGCACCGCAGGGAUCAGAGCACAAAUCAAAAUAAGUUCUACCUCCAUUAUCUACUGGCCUCUAUAAGCAACUGCAUCAUCCUCAAGACCUCCACAGAGAGUUUGCAGCAGCAGCUCUCGUCCCGUUCAGCCAGCCGGUUCUCCCGGACUCCCCCCGGCCCCCUGGCUGCUCUAGACCGGGCUGUGAGGAGGGCCUGCCGCCUGGUGAUGGACCAGCUGCUGCUAGAGCUCCAGCCCUUCCUGCAGGGACUACUGUCUCGCUCCUGGCUGGCCCAGGGAGACGUCACGGUUACCCUGAAGUUAUGUGGAGUCCUGGAGCGACAUUUUGAGCUGUAUAGUCGUGUUCGCCCACCCUGCCGGCAGCGUUUGCAGGAGGAGUGCCAGUGGCUGACGGUGGUGGAGUAUGUGAGGGUGUUGAUGCAGAAGAGGCUGGUGUGUCGGAAUGCAGAGGAGCGGCGCCAGCUGGCCCAGAGAAUGGCACUGGAUGCCCAGCAUCUGAGGGAUCUCUUCCAGGGCCUGGUGGAAGUGGAGGGAUCAGUGAGUGAGGUGAACCCAAUGGCUUUACUGCCUGUUCUGGCUGACUUCAUCCGGCUUAAAGACCCCAGCAUGCUUACUCUCGAGGUGUCUGGACUGGUGGCCAAGUACCCAGAUAUCAGUGAUGAGCAUGUGUCAGUGUUGCUGGAUGUUAGGGGGGAUGUCUCCAGGGAUGUGAGGGGGACAGUUCUGGACCUCCUGGAGCAGAAUACCCCUCCUCUUCCAGCUGGCUACCGACCCAUCUUCUCUGACAUCCUGGUCCCUACUCCUAGCAUGCCAUUCUGUCUGCCUACUGCCAAGUGUGCCUGACUAGAAUGUUGCACCCUUUAAAUCCACACAACACACAUGCUUGUGAUUCAUAAGUUAUAUAAACUUUAUAAUACAUCCAUCCACUGCACAGUGGAUUGUAAAUCAAGCUUGAUGGUCUGCAGAGUUCAAAUCAAAGUUUAUUGGUCUUGUACACAGUUUAGCAGGUGUUAUUGCAGGUGCAGUGAAAUGCUUGUACAGCUUCACAGGGUGGUACUAUGGAUAUUGGCUGGUGAGAUAGUCUUAAUGAAAUACAUUACAAUUACAAAAUAAUUUCAAUCAAUCAGUUUGAUGUUCUGAAUUGAUCGUUACCACAAGAGACUGUACCUACAGAAUCUCUGGGGCACCUGUAAUGUGAUGUAUUCUACUGUAUGAUUCAUUGUAUAUUCAGAUGAACAAUAAAUUCUAAAGAAAAUC